AUGUCUACGGCACACCACUCCGAGGCCACGCCCACCUCGACCCUGCCCCAGGCCCAGGCCCGCGACCCGGCCAACGAAUGUGCCGUUGUCGACGGCGACGAGUACAUUAGCCCGGCCUCGUCCUCGUCCUCGAUCAACGAGGCCGGCCAGCCCCAGCAGAUGCCGCGCCCCAAGCUGGGCAGCCGCAAGUCCAGCGGCACCAUCAUCAUCCCGCGCGACAGCCCCCAGGUCGAGCUGGGCGAGGAAGAGGAGGAGUACGACGAGAACGACGCGAGGACCAUGAGCCCGCGCCGGACCAGCGAGGAGAUUGAGAAGAUCAGCCAGGAAGCCCGGGAGGCCCUGAUCCAGCAAGCCAAGGCUCUCCAAGCGAGCCUCCUGAGCAUCGUUGACCGCGUCGAGUCGGUGCGCUGCGAACACGAAAAGCUCGAGGGGGGAAACCGCUUCCUGCAAUCGUACAUUGGCGAGCUCAUGCAGACAAGCAAACUCACCGCUGCAGGCGCCGCUAAGCCCAAGGGCAAGGGCCGCACCAUCAAAUAA